UUUUAACCCAGACCAACACUGCCGACUCGCUGCUCCGCAACACGCAGGACAACAGGUCCACCAGACCGACACACCAUGGAAAACCAUACCAUAGACUCAGCCGACUGGCCACUGACAACAGAAUUCGACUACAGCGAUUCAGCCCCAUGCAUGGGAACUGAGGAAAAGCACUUUGCAGCAAAACUUUUGCCACCGCUUUAUUCUUUGGUGGUGAUAUUUGGCCUCAUAGGCAACAUGCUUGUUGUCCUUAUUCUGGUUAAAUACAAGAGAUUGAAGAGUAUGACUGACAUCUACCUGCUCAAUUUGGCAAUUUCAGAUUUGCUGUUUGUAUUUUCUCUCCCUUUUUGGGCUUAUUAUGCUGUUCACGACUGGAUUUUUGGGGAGGCACUGUGUAGAAUUCUCUCAGGUGUCUACCUCCUUGGCUUCUACAGUGGCAUCUUUUUCAUAAUCCUGUUGACCCUAGACAGGUAUCUGGCCAUAGUGCAUGCAGUGUUUGCUUUGAAAGCUAGGACAGUUACCUACGGCAUCCUCACCAGCACUGUCACUUGGGCUGUUGCUAUGCUUGCUUCUGUUCCUGGGAUAGUAUUUCACAAAACUCAAAAGGAAAAUUCACGUUAUACUUGCAGUGCUCAUUAUUCAAGCGAUGCCGCAAUAAAUUGGAAGUACUUCUAUACUUUAAAGAUGAACAUUCUGGGACUUAUUGUUCCAAUGCUUAUUAUGAUUUUCAGUUACUCACAAAUUCUAAAAACAUUAUUGAGAUGUAAGAAUGAGAAAAAACAGAAGGCAGUCAGACUUAUUUUUGUGAUCAUGAUUUUUUACUUCAUCUUCUGGACACCGUUCCAUAUUUCUUCUUUUUUGCAUACAUUUCAAAGUUCACUUUUCGUCCCAAAUUGUGAAAUCAAAGGUCAACUGGAGAAAGCAAUCCAAGUGACAGAAACAAUAUCAAUGAUCCACUGUUGUAUCAAUCCUGUGAUCUAUGCAUUUGUUGGAGAAAAAUUUAGGAAAUAUCUUUAUGCCUUUUUCCGAAAGCAUGUUGCAGCCCACCUCUGCAAGAAAUGUCCAACUCUUUAUCAUGAAAAAUUAGAAAGAAUUAGUUCCACAUUCACACCAUCCACUGCAGAGCAUGACAUCUCUACUGGACUGUAA